UAACAAAUAAGUUGUCAACAUUCCUUAUACCUGUAGAGGAUAGUGUUACAUAACCAUUUACGUUCUUUAGAUGACUAAUUAAAAACAAAUGUUUUUAUGUUUUAAAAUGAAUGUUAACUUUCAUGUUCUAAUAUUUAUAGCAUUGUAUUCGUUUCAGUUUAAUAUAAUAAUUCAAAAUUAUUUUCAAUUAAAAAUAGCAGUUCUUAUAUAUAAAUACUAGGCUUCAUCUAGCUAGGACCCUGCGAGCCUCAUUUUUAGAAAAAUAUCAGAAAUGUUAUAAAAACUUAAAAAAAUUGCAGCCGUUCUAAAUUAGAGCACGCAGAAAUCUCAUAGUAGGUCAAAUGAAGUUAAACGUGUUUGAUCGAUACAUUUUUUAUAUGUCAGUCUUUAUUUAUUCAAAAAAGAAAUUGUGACAUGGCUGAAUUUACGAAAACAUUUAUUGGACAAAAGUUUGAUAUGAAUCAAUUUUUGAACAUAGCUAAGAAAUGGCCAACAAUAAAAUCGGUAAACUCAAAACGUAAACAGUCGAUUGAACAAUCCCAAGCUACUAAGACUAUGUCAAAAGUUAAAUUGUCGGGACCUCCCAAUCUUGUGGAAAAUUUAUGCAAGCAAACAAGAUUUACCAAGAAAGAAAUUAUUGGGUUAUGUAAACUGUUUAAAAAGUUGGUGACUUUUUACAGUACUGAAUCUACUUCAACGGUUGCAGCAAUGAGUUCAUCAGUAUUAAUUUCAGCACCAACACAGGGAUUCGACAGGCUUAUGUUUAGGGAGUUCUUGCAAAAUGAAUUUGGCAUAUCUACAGAGGAGAUACUCACGGAUCGAAUAUUUUGCUUCUUUGAUCAUAGAAAUGAUGGUGUAAUACAUGAAGAUGAAUGGGUCAGUGGACUUUCAGUAUUAUUAAGAGGUACUCAAGAAGAACGAAUUAAGUACACAUUUACCAUUUAUGAUCUGAACAAUGAUGGAUUUAUAAGCCGAGAAGAAAUUUUUAAUUUACUGAGGAACUGUUUGGUUAAGCAUCCACAAGAUGAAGACCCAGAUGAAGGUGUAAAGGAAUUAGUGGAAAUUGUUUUAAAAAAAAUGGACCGUGACAAUGAUGCUAAACUGUCUUUUGAAGACUUUUCCUCUUCUGUGAAUAAUCAGUCACUCUUGUUAGAAGCAUUUGGUCAGUGUUUACCAUCAGGAGAAUCAAUAGAUAAAUUCUUAAAUUUAAUAAGUCAUGUUUAACAGUAAUAUAUUAGAAAACUUAAUUUAGAUUACAAUCUUAAGUUAUAGUUUUGUGAGUUUACAUAGGUUUCCCAUAUGGUGGUGCUUAGCACUCCCAAAAAUUUUGAGUAACACAAAAAUUUGGUAAUAUAUUAUUAUCAUUUAUAACAAUUCCUAUAAUUUAUUAAAGUACUGAAAAGUGGACUAAUUAGCACAUAAAACUCUUUUCUUUUCAACUUUUUAUAACUAUCUUAAAUCUCAAUUUCUUGUUGUUGGGCAUAAAAGCCAAAAUUAUAUAGUUUUCGGUAAAAAUAACCUAAUUUGUGAUUUGAAUAGAAACGAAAAAUUUAUGUGUAUUAUUUAAAAGUUAAUCAAAUGAAAGGUUUUUUUUUGUGUACUGUACAAUUAGAAAAAAGAAAGAAAAAAAACAUUCCAACGAUUUGUCUUCUAUGAAUAAUCAAAAGUUUUAAAUCAUGUAGUUUUUAGUGGAUAAGUUAAAUUUUUUUUCAUUUUAAAUAUGUAUUGAAGUGUUUCAGAACAGAGAUUUAAUCAUUGUCAGAUAUUAAUCAGUACCAAUCUAAAAAUUGCCUUAACUUCAUUUUUAUAGACCUCUACUAUACUUAACUUUUUAAACAUUUUAAUGAAUAAAAAUUAUUGUUUAGUUGACACACAUAUUUUUUUUUUCAUAAAACUAUUAUUUAAGGAUGUCUUUGAGACUCAAUGUAAAAAUUUAAAGACUAAAAUAAUAGUUUUAAAAGAUUUUUCUCAAAAAUAAUUUUUUGUUGGAAGAUAUCAUGGAUGUUUGUUAACCGAAAGUAUAUUCUAAUACUUAUAAAUUAAUUCAAGUACUAUAACUAAACCAUUUUUGCCAACAACCUGUGAAGAUUUUCAUUAAUACGUUUACUAAACAUUGGUUAUGCAUUAGUAUAGUGCAAAAUAGGUUUACUAAUAUUUCUUAUGUAUUGAAAAUGAUUUAAUUAAAAUACUUUUAUCAGGUUGAUGUAGGGGCUUUGUACUAUACAAGUCACUUAGGAGACUAAAAUUUUAGUAUCUUCGAGUUUUUAACUAAAUUUGUGCUUAUGUCAGGUUAAAAAUUAGCAAUCAUAAUUAAAUUAUGACAGCUAAUUUUAUAAUUUUAUAUAAAAAAAAAAAAUUAAUAACUAAAUGUAAAAUAUCUAUCUACUUGUAAUGUUUUUUUUUUACAAAAAAAUGUACCUAUCUAUUAAAUUAA